AUGGAUAGUGUUGUAUUUCUUCUCUGUUCCCUCACCAGAUCUGUUUUCUUCUGCCAGGUGUUCAGGUCACAGCUCAGUAUCUCUUCAGUCAGCGAUCAAGAUGCCUACAGAGCAGGAUUACAGCCAGUUAGCCAGUGGAAAGCCUAUGGCCUCAAUGGCUAUCCAGGGUUUAUUUUCAUACCAAACCCUUUCCUUCCGGGCUGCCAGCGUCACUGGGUGAAACAGUGUCUCAAGCUGUACCCCCAAAAACCCAAUGUCUGCAACCUGGACCUGCACAUGGCUCCUGAGGAGACCAUUGAUCUGUGGGGGCAGAGCAAGGAGCAGCUGAGAAGAAAAGGUUCUGGUAAAAAGGAGCCCAGGAGUUUAUUGGAGAAGCUGCGCUGGGUGACCCUUGGUUACCAUUAUAACUGGGAUACCAAGAAGUACUCAGCAAAUCACCACACUCCUUUCCCCUCAGACCUCGCAUUCUUGUCAGAGCAAGUGGCUGCAGCAUGUGGGUUCCGGGGUUUUCAAGCCCAGGCUGGGAUCUUGAACUACUAUCACUUUGAUUCUUCACUGGGAAUACACGUGGAUGAGUCUGAAUUGGACCAUUCUCGGCCUCUUUUAUCAUUCAGUUUUGGGCAGUCGUCCAUAUUUCUGCUGGGGGGCCUGCGGCGGGAGGAGGCGCCCACGGCCAUGUUCAUGCACAGCGGGGACAUCAUGGUGCUGUCGGGCCGGAGCCGCCUGCUGCACCACGCGGUGCCCCGCGUGCUGCCCGGCCCCGGCGGCGCCGCCCUGCCGCCCUGCCUGGAGCAGGCGCUUCCCGCCGGCCUGCCCGCCGGCGCCGUCGUGGAGCGCGGCUCCGAGGAGGACUGGCAGGUCUGUGCCAGCUACCUGCGCUCCUCCCGCAUUAAUGUGACCGUCAGGCAGGUGCUGGCUGACGGGCAGGAGUUCCCGGAGGAAGCCGGGGCUAAUGGAAAGGGCCAAGCACCCGCUGAAGAUGGUCAGCACCGGGAGAAGAGACACAAAACUGACAGCUGAGACGGGGACAUGGUGCUGGCGGGGACUGCACUGGUGGCUUCCGCCGCGGGGAACUCGCGUGCGCAGGCUGGACUGUGUGGGGAUGAAGGAGCUUUGCAGAGUGUGUCCCUUGUUGCUGGGAGAAAGAGGUGGUGGUAAGACUGAAUUUAAAAGGAAAAGAGGGAUUAUUUCAGGACUGGGACUCAGAUGAUCUCUUGCAGUUUGGUUAGAAAUGUUUUCUGAAUUCAGAUUUCACUGAAACAGCUGUAUGGCAGGGAAUUUUAAACUUGGUUUAGUGAUGUUCACAUUGUAUUUUGAAAUAGCUGGACAGAACACAUUAGCAAAAAAGAAUAUAUAGUUGCUGUGUAUUAAAGAAAACUCUGGGGCUUGUAAAGCUCAGUUGCAGUGUACUGAUCAUUUACAAGUGCAAGUGGAAACAGACUGCCAUGAAAAUGAAAGCUGCUUCCAGCGCUUCUCCAGCUACAAGUUGCUCAGUGCUCCCGGCCCAGCAGCUCCCCCGUGCCACAGCUGUGUACACCUGCAGCACUCCAGCCUACCUGCCUGCCUGCACCCCGCCAGCUGCUGCGGGGACUGCUGCUGUUAGUGUAACUGCACUUGCAUACCUCACAUUCUAGGGAGUAUGGGGGCAAGAGUUCUUCAGACAACUCCUAACUCCCAGUUGAUUGCCCUCCCAACAGAUCCUGUGGGAUUGAACCCUUCAUCCCUGCUGUUUGAGAACUGCAGCUGUUCACUGCCUGUAGAGGAUGGUCCUGCACUUCCAAGCAGGCAUCUUUAAGGAGCAGAAGGGCUUAGAAGGAGAAAAAAAGAAAUUGUAAAUGAAGUACCCAAAAAAAGAAACUAAUCAAUGAUUAUCUCUACCACCCAGAAGAUAAAUGUAACAAAACAAAGAAAAAUGCGAGCUUUUGUGCCUGUUCUGUUUAAGACUCAGGCUUUCCUGUCUGUUUUUUAAUGCAUUUUAAUUGUUGGAGUGGAAUACUCUGUCCCUGGGGUAUUUUGUCAUGCUUUCCCAAUGAAUAAACUUAACUCUAUU